AUGACUUCAUCUGAAGAUGUUGAGUCUACCAAAAAGACCGUGCCUGUCCAUGAACAUAAUUUUGAUGCAAACAACGGCGUUCUAGUCAGCGGAGAGCUGGCCAUCGACCGACAGUAUGGCCGUACAAAGCGUGGCCUAUCUCCCCGCCAUGUGCAGCUCAUGACCAUAGGCGGCUCAAUCGGCACGGGGCUGUUCGUCGGUAUUGGAGGCUCCCUCUCUCGGGCUGGCCCUCUUUCUUUAUUUCUUGGAUACAUCAUCUGGGGCGUCUUCUUCAUCUGGCCCUGCAUGCUUUCCGUUGCCGAGAUGUGUGCAUACUUGCCCAUCCGCGGUUCCAUCUUCGAACUGGCCGGACGUUAUGUUGACCCCGCGCUUGGAUUCGCCCUAGGCUGGCUGUAUUUCUUUGCCGGCGUGAUGCUCGUCUGUGCGGAAUAUAGCGCUGUGGCGACUGUGAUGGGGUUCUGGCUCCCUGAUGUGAAUCCCGCCGCGUGGAUCGCAAUGUCCAUGGUGGUUUGUGUGCUUCUAAAUGUCGUUGCUGUCAAGUACUAUGGCGAAGCAGAAUUCGUCAUGGCCUCGCUAAAGAUCUUGCUCUUGGUCGGCUUGGUUCUCUUGACCAUUGUGACGAUGUGCGGUGGCAACCCCAAAGGCGAUAGAUAUGGCUUCACCCACUGGACCAACGGACAAGCAAUGCUGAGCUACUACGCCCCUGGUGAUCUUGGCCGAUUCUUGGCCUGGUGGAAAGUUGUUUGUUACGCUGCUUUCACCAUCGCUGGCCCGGAUAUGAUUGCCAUCUCCGUAGGUGAGAUGCAGAAUCCACGCCGAACGAUUCCUCGAGUCGCGAAGCUUGUUUUCUGGCGACUUGUGGGCUUCUACGUCGUCGGUGUUGUGGCCGUGGGCACUAUCUGCAGCGCUUCUGACCCAAGGCUUCUUGGUGCCCUCAAGGAUGGAUCUGUCGGGUCUGCUGCAUCUCCCUGGGUCAUUGGUAUUCAAAACCUGGGAAUUGAAGGGCUGCCGUCAUUGAUCAACUUUCUCAUCUUGAGCUCUGGGCUGUCGUGCGGCAAUGCCUACUUAUAUUCCUCCAGUCGCACCCUAUAUGAUGGCCAUGCUCCCAAGUUCCUCCAACGGUGCACAAAGACGGGUGUCCCAAUCUGGGCUGUUACGGUUGUCAGCACUAUCAGCCUAAUCACCUUCCUGAGCGCUUCCAACGCAGCUAUCGAAGUCUUCUUCUGGUUCGUCGAUCUCACCACCACAGCACUGAUACUUACGUACAGCCUGAUGCUUGUGACAUUCCUGGGAUGGUACCGUGCCAAGAAGGCGCAGAACCUCUCCAACUCGGAGUUGCAUUACGUCGCGCCGCUCAACCCAUACGCUGCUUCUGUGGCCCUCUGUAUGGGAAUAACGGCCAUUAUCUUCAUUGGAUUUGACACGUUUCAGCCAUUCAAAGUACAAAGCUUCGUCACAAGCUACUUUGCUAUACCCUAUGCCCUCGUUUUCUUCGUGGGCGGGAAGAUCUUCAAGAAGACGAAAUUUGUAGACCCUGCGUCCGCUGAUUUGAUUAGCGGAAAGAGGGAGGUAGACGCAGAGUGCCGGGAAUGGGAGGAGGGCGGCAUCGAAGAGAAUUGGAGGCGCGAGCUGGCGGCCAUGUCUUUCUGGAAACGAUGCUGGGAAAGGAUUUGGUAA